ACUUGGCCAAAGCCAGAUAGCUAGUAGGAGGUAGAGUCGAGAUCAACUAAUGAGCAGCUUUGCAUGAAGCCGUGUUAAUGAGUUUCUUUAUCAUAAGAGAGGACAUUGACAAGAGAGAGAAAAUUAAGCUCAUAUUUGAGGUUAUGGGACUAUUAGAUGAUGAAGUAGAAAUGAGUCUUCAGGUACUGUCUGCCCAUAGCUUAGAACAUCAGAUGUUCAUAAGUAAGAAUUAACAGACUUAGGCCCUGGAAAGGUAGUCCUGUACAACUGUGCAUGUACAUAUUAUUGCUCCGGUUUUGGGAAAAAAGGAAAUCAUCCUUUUUUUUUUUUUUCAAACAAAAGUAUCUUUAUAAAGUAUUAAAUGUUCUUAAAACAUAGAAGAGUGUGAAGGAGGAAAGAAACCAGCCUGAAACACAACCACAGUUAAGAUUUUGUUAUGUUUUUUUCCUUUUUCUUUCUAGUAACAGACUUAAGGGAAUUCUGAUCUUUUUACCAAACUCUUUUCUUCUUUUUCUCUCAGUUUGCAAGGCAGUUUAGCAAGAAUGAGCCCCUGACCUUUGCAUGGUUACGCCGAUAUAUUAAGUGGCCAUUACUGCCACCUAAGAAUAUUAAAGACCUCAUGGAUCUUGAAGCUGUCCAUGAUGUCUUGGAUCUUUACCUGUGGCUAAGCUACCGAUUUAUGGAUAUGUUUCCAGACGCCAGCCUUGUUCGAGACCUCCAGAAAGAACUAGAUGGCAUUAUCCAAGAUGGUGUGCACAACAUCACCAAACUGAUUAAAAUUUCUGAGACACAUAAGCUGUUGAAUUUGGAGAGCUUGUCAGCAAGGAGCCAGUCACAUUUGUCAGGAACCUUAAAGAACCAAGGUAGAAGGACACGUAGCACCAAAACUAUAGGAAGUAAAGCUGCUGAGCCACCUGGCUCCGGUGCAGGGGACAUAUCCCUUGCUUCCAGAUUGGUGCAGCAAGGACUCCUCACUGCAGACAUGCUGAAACAGCUGGAAAAAGAGUGGUUGACACAAAGAACUGAACACGGCAAAGAAAGAACAGAAUCUGGGACUUUCUCAAAAGGGGCAAGAAAAAAGAAGAAGGAACCUGAUUUAGAUUAGUUUUGAAGAAUUUUCCUGAAAGCCCUGCUUGGGUUAUUGUGGAUUCAGCUGAACAUCAACAUGGGGUGUGGACUGAGGCUGAGAUGCUGGUUUCAGUUCUAUCACUAUUACCUGGGUGAUUUAAUAAAAUGUGAUUAGUGCAUAACUGGCUAAGAAUAAUAACCAAUGACUUGUAACACUUUGUACAUUGUAAUCUCUGGAACAGUGCAUAUCUACAAAGUGGAACUGUUUUUUUUGAAAAAUGACACUGUGAAUCAUAAAUAGAAAAAACUAUCAUCACAAAUCAUCAGAGUCUCUUGCUGCUCAGAAUUGGUAGUCUGUACUUAUGACACAGUCAUUCUAUGUGUGUCCAACUGAAAACAAACUUAUUAGGAUAUAAUGAAAGGUUGUGAUUUACUAGGAGACAAGCAAAUGAAUAAAUGAACCAGACUAUUUCCUUCGUCUGUUUUAAAGCUUUAAAAUGUAUAAACCUGAACAGAGAUAGCAAUGUUCAUAAACAUAUUUCUGAGUUAUCA